GUUAGAGCGAUAUGUUGUUGCUGCUGCUGCGGGCACGGCGGCGUUAAAACUGCACUUUAUCUCAAACGGGACUUCAAGAUGUAUUAAGACGGCGUUCCCACCAUCAUAAAUUAACAGUAUUAAGGUGUCAGCCUCCAUGCCAGGCUUCAUAUGUACAUUAUCCUGAAUGCUGGUCCAGGAGGUGAACAAUAAAUCAUGUUCUUGUGAGGAGAGAACAUAAAAGGGCAGGAUGCAGUCUUCAAACCACCGGCAGAGGGACCUGGAGCAGCACCACCCGCUGCUGUCGGCAGGAGCAGAUGUGGAGGCAGGGAGCCUGGCAGCGGGGGUGAUAGUCGGGGGUCCCACCGCUGGCCACGCCGGGGGGGCCCGCACACUGUGGUUCAUCCAGGACAGCUGUGGGAUGGUGUGUGCCGGCAUCACCUGGUUCCUGGUGCUGUACGCUGAGUUUGUGGUGAACUUUGUCAUGUUGCUGCCCAGCAAGAACUUCUGGUACUCGCUGCUGAACGGGGCCACCUUCAACUCCCUGGCUGUGCUCGCUUUGGCCUCACAUCUGCGCACCAUGUUGAGCGACCCGGGUGCCGUUCCUAAGGGCAACGCGACCAAGGAGUACAUGGAGAGCUUACAGCUGAAGCCUGGAGAGGUCAUCUACAAGUGCCCAAAGUGUUGUAGCAUCAAGCCUGAGAGGGCACACCACUGCAGUAUUUGUAAAAGAUGUAUCCGGAAGAUGGAUCACCACUGUCCCUGGGUCAAUAACUGCGUGGGAGAAAAGAAUCAGAGAUUCUUUGUACUUUUCACUAUGUACAUAUCAUUGAUUUCUGCCCAUGCCCUGGGUCUCAGUGGUAUGCACUUCUUCACCUGUAUUAAAGUCCAGUGGAACGAGUGCAGUGCCUUCUCACCCGGGGCGUCUGUGCUCCUGCUGAUCUUCCUCUGCCUCGAAGCAAUCCUCUUCCUCACUUUUACAGCUGUGAUGUUUGGAACGCAGCUCCACUCCAUCUGCAACGACGAGACGAGGCGUUUGCAUGUCUUGCAGGAGAUUGAACGUCUUAAAAAUGAGAAGCCCACGUGGGAGCGCCGCAUGAGAUGGGACGGGAUGCGAGCCGUGUUCGGGGGGUCGCCCUCCCUGCUGUGGUGCAACCCUUUCACAGGCCUGCGUCUGAGGCGCCUCUUGCUGCUGACCUACGGCCGCCGCGGGGGGGCUGAGUUCUCCGUCUGAGAGCAGACUGAUGCAGCUCACUAACACCAAGACCCUCUCUAAAGCAAGAUUUCUUGAUUGCCUUCCUUAGCCAUGGACAGGAUGGACCUCUGCUCCCGGAGGCUGUGUUUUGUGGGUGACAGGGAGACACGCUGCUCCUCCAGUGGGACCACAGUCAAUCACUAACCAUGACUGAAAGUGUGUAUUAUCACUCUAAUGCUGAUGUGUACCCAACUCCUUGGGUAUGCACGAGUAUUCUGAACAACUGGAAUAUUGUUUCUUUUUUCGUUUCUCUUUUUAGGUAAAGCAUGCAGUAUUUACCUCAAGUGAGUCUUUUAUUCCUUGUGAGAUAUCCAACUCAACUCAUGCAUCCUCAGUACACAACUUCAGCAGCUUUUUUUCUUUUCAGCGCUCAUACUGUAAGAUUCAAGAUAAGUGUUUGAAUCAGCAACAUAUCUUUCAUCAUCACUGGACGCAGACAAGUGGAUAUCAAUGGGGAAAUGCUUGAAACCCUUCUAUUGGACCCAGACAAGGAAAUCACUGUCAAGGACAUGCACAGACAUGAGAGAAACUCGAUGUGGAGCACAGUGGACAUCAGAAAUUGAACUGUGCUGCCUUGAUUUGCAUGUAAAACAGCUCAAUCAGUCAGCGUCUCAGCCAGGAAAUGAGACUGUCACUCUCUUCAACUGAAUGAACAGGCUACUCUAAACACAAGCCUCAUUCUUAUUCAAGACUGAAGGGCCUUUCCUGUCCGUUCAUCUUCUGUCUUGUUUUUUAUUCAUUGGACAGGAAUUGUUGUUUCUUUAGGUUACUCAUGCCAGUAGACAAACAUAAUUGUCCAUUUCAUUUUUACAUUUCAGUACAGUGAACCCAUCUUGUGUUGAUUAUAACGACAAUCUGAAUCUUCUUUCGGACAAAAAUCCAAGUUUUCUUAACUGCCAGUGAACCCCCCCCCCCCAGACCACUGCAAUGCCUGCCUGUGUUUUUAUAAAGACGUGAUUCAGUUUGAACCACGUUGGCUGCUGAAAAGACUGACAGUCAUGACGUUUUAAUUGUUUUGCUAAUACAUAGUUGUCUCUGAACUCUGAAAGCUACUUCUUUGUAAAGUAGAAAUACUUCAUAGCAUUAAAACUCUGAAAUCACCAUCGAGACGGAUGCAAGUUACAGAAAACGUGGCGUUGCAUGCUGCUUUGCUACUGAGUGUUCCGACAUUUAGAGAAGGAGAACCUAAAUCACUAGCACAACCUCCUCUGGCUCUUUGUGAGUUCACUCCGAUCUGCAGAGCCAAGCUCCUUUGUUCAGUCAGCCGUGUUAGAAAGGAGCUGCUUUGCUGAACGAGUCUGAGGCACCAGGCUCAUUAUACGAGCUUUAACACUGAACAAAGUCUGGCCGAGCUCAGCAGAUGCUUGCAAGGCCUUUCCUACUACACUUCAGAAAUAUCAGGCCUGUACAUCGAGUAGCAGAUAUUUUCCCAAUUGUAUUAGAACCCUUAUCCAUGGCUUUAAAACCAUACAGUAAUGUGAGUUUGCCUUUGAAAGCUUUCAUCAGUAUUGCCAUAUUCAUGAAAGUGUUUUCAUUUUGUGACAACUUGUCUCCUAUUUGUAUUCUGCAUUACCAAUGGGUCUGUUUGCACUGGAUGAAUGUGUCUUUUUUUUAUCUCAACUUCAGGCUCCCGUUUGAUUGGCUGGUGUUGAGUUGUCACAUAUAGAUUCUCAAAGUCUCAUUUUUUUUGAUGGCGUGUUGGACAAAACCCUGCUGUUUGUCCUGAUCUGUGGUUGGCAGGAGAAGGAACUCAACUGUUUACACUAAAUGAUGAUAUCUGAUGUGCUAUGGGACACAGCACUGAAGCUAAAUGAUAUCAGGGGAUGUUAUUAACGCUUCUCAUUCUCAUUCAAUGUUGGGGUAAUAUCACUAUCCUAUUCAUAUCCUACUUUUUCUAUAUUCAGCAUGGUUCAUUCAGUAAGUCCCGUACCCUGACAUGCUAAAUACAUUGUAUCAUUUAUGAGGUGCAAAAUAAAGGAUGAUAAGUUCAGCCUAACACACAGCAUAUGCGUAAAUAUGCACAUGUAAAACAGUCAGGAAAAGUCAUGCUGUUUAGUUUACUAGAUGCACACUGUAAUCAAACAACAGCUGUUAUUACAAAUAGUUGCAGGUAUCGAUGGCAAAAACGACAUCCAUAAGAGGACUAGAGCAUUAUAUAACAAAACACAGGACAUUGGAAUAUAAUAAAAUAUCUGAAGCAGGACUUGAGGUAACAGAGGCUAGACUAACACACUGUUAAACUUGUAAUGAUAUGUGUAGGAAGUAGCAGAACAUCAGUGCUAAUGAUGGAUUGUGUUGACUGUAUGAAUAUUUGAUGUUGACUGGUUAAAUGUGGGUAAGCUUGGUUGAUCUAAGUAGGAUGGUCCUGUUUCAUGGCUCAACUCAGAUGCUGUAAUUAUAGAAUCUUAAAUGGGUGUCACGUUACAGGGUAUGUAGUUUUACAUUCAAUCAAUCAAGACUUUUUAAAUUCUGUUAAGUGUUUUUUCUUAGCCUCCUGCUGUUUGACUCAUUGAAGUACAAUCAUGUGGAGAGGGGUUGUUUGACAAUGUACAAACAUGUGAAACUGAUAAGGGUUUUACUAGCUCUUGUUUGCAGGAGAUUUGGGCAGAAAAUGUGAACAUUGUGUGAUGUUGAUUGAAUAUUCUUAACAUGAUGUUCGUUCACAUAAUUAUCAUUCAAAUUGCCAGUUGAGACAAAUGGUGUGUCCUACUCUCCUAGGAGAAGGUAGCCUCAAGAACAAAAGUCCUUCAGCUUUAUAAACAGAGUAUAAAGGUUAUUAUUAACAAUAUAUAAAUGGAAUGUUUUUUUUAUUAAUGUGUCAUAAUCUUUAAUGUCUUAUAUCUUUAAUGUCAUUCUUUUACAUAAUAAACUUGAUUAAAUUAAA